GCCGGUGGCUGCGCGGGGGCAGGGCUUUGCGGACGCACGCACGUCGAGCGCUGAUGUCCCGAGCCGCUGAGGCUGCGGGCUUGGUCUGGGGCUGCUGCUUUGGUUGCGGCCCGGUCGGGGGCUGAAGGUUGGAGAGAAAUCCAGGUACUCUGUUGAGUGGUACUUUCUGCCACCAUGGGGGAGCUUUUCCGGAGUGAGGAGAUGACGUUGGCCCAGCUUUUUCUACAGUCAGAAGCUGCUUAUUGUUGCGUCAGUGAAUUAGGAGAAUUGGGAAAGGUUCAGUUUCGUGAUUUAAAUCCAGAUGUGAAUGUUUUCCAGCGGAAAUUUGUGAAUGAAGUUAGAAGAUGUGAAGAAAUGGAUCGAAAGCUUCGAUUUGUGGAGAAAGAGAUAAGAAAAGCUAAUAUCCCUAUUAUGGACACUGGUGAAAACCCAGAGGUGCCCUUCCCCCGGGACAUGAUUGACUUAGAGGCCAAUUUUGAGAAGAUUGAAAAUGAACUGAAGGAAAUCAACACAAACCAGGAAGCUCUGAAGAGAAAUUUCCUGGAACUGACUGAACUAAAAUUUAUACUUCGCAAAACUCAGCAGUUUUUCGAUGAGGCUGAAUUGCAUCAUCAGCAGAUGGCGGAUCCAGACUUGUUGGAAGAGUCCUCGUCCCUCUUGGAGCCAAGUGAGAUGGGAAGAGGCACACCUUUAAGACUUGGCUUCGUGGCUGGUGUGAUUAACCGGGAGCGCAUCCCUACUUUUGAGCGCAUGCUUUGGCGGGUUUGCCGGGGAAAUGUGUUCCUGCGACAGGCUGAAAUCGAGAACCCCCUGGAGGAUCCUGUGACUGGUGACUACGUGCACAAGUCCGUAUUCAUCAUUUUCUUCCAAGGCGAUCAGCUGAAAAACAGAGUCAAGAAGAUCUGCGAAGGGUUCCGGGCCUCACUCUAUCCCUGUCCUGAGACACCACAGGAGAGGAAGGAAAUGGCUUCUGGAGUUAAUACCAGGAUUGAUGAUCUCCAAAUGGUUCUCAAUCAAACAGAGGAUCACCGCCAGAGGGUCCUGCAGGCAGCUGCUAAGAACAUCCGUGUCUGGUUCAUCAAGGUGAGGAAGAUGAAGGCCAUCUACCACACCCUGAACCUGUGCAACAUCGAUGUGACCCAGAAGUGCCUGAUUGCAGAGGUCUGGUGCCCCGUCACCGACCUUGACUCCAUCCAGUUUGCGCUCAGGAGGGGCACGGAACACAGUGGUUCCACUGUGCCCUCUAUUCUGAACAGGAUGCAAACAAAUCAGACGCCCCCAACCUAUAACAAAACGAACAAGUUCACAUAUGGCUUUCAGAACAUAGUAGAUGCUUACGGAAUUGGAACUUACCGAGAGAUAAAUCCAGCUCCCUAUACCAUCAUCACUUUCCCUUUCCUGUUUGCUGUGAUGUUUGGGGACUUUGGCCAUGGUGUUUUGAUGACCCUAUUUGCUGUAUGGAUGGUAUUGAGGGAGAGCCGGAUCCUCUCUCAGAAGAAUGAGAAUGAGAUGUUUAGCACGGUGUUCAGCGGCCGGUACAUUAUUCUGUUGAUGGGUGUGUUUUCCAUCUACACUGGCCUCAUCUACAAUGAUUGCUUUUCCAAGUCUCUUAAUAUCUUCGGGUCAUCCUGGAGUGUACGGCCGAUGUUCACUUUAUAUAACUGGACGGAGGAGACGCUUCGGGGGAACCCUGUUCUGCAGUUGAACCCGUCUGUCCCUGGAGUUUUUGGUGGACCAUACCCUUUUGGCAUCGAUCCAAUCUGGAACAUUGCUACCAAUAAACUGACCUUUCUCAACUCCUUUAAAAUGAAGACAUCUGUUAUCCUAGGCAUCAUCCACAUGAUGUUUGGAGUCACUUUGAGCCUCUUCAACCAUACCUAUUUCAAGAAGCCCCUGAAUAUCUACUUUGGAUUUAUUCCUGAAAUAAUCUUCAUGACCUCUUUGUUUGGCUACUUGGUUAUCCUUAUAUUUUACAAGUGGACAGCCUAUAAUGCUAAUACAUCUGAGAAAGCGCCAAGCCUCCUGAUCCAUUUCAUAAACAUGUUUCUCUUUUCCUACGGGGACUCUAGUAAUUCGAUGCUGUAUUCCGGACAGAAAGGAAUUCAGUGUUUCCUGGUAGUGGUUGCGCUACUGUGUGUACCUUGGAUGCUACUAUUUAAACCACUGGUCCUUCGCCAUCAAUAUUUGAGGAGGAAGCAUUUGGAAGGGCAGCCUGUGGAGGCCCCAGUCAGCCCAACCCCGAGCCAGCAGGGACUAGAGGCAGCAGCGGCUGCAACAGGAACUCUCAACUUUGGUGGGAUCAGGGUGGGCAACGGACCGACAGAGGAGGAUGCUGAGAUUAUUCAGCAUGACCAGCUCUCCACCCAUUCAGAGGACGCGGAAGAGUUUGACUUUGGGGACACCAUGGUCCACCAGGCCAUCCACACCAUCGAGUACUGCCUGGGCUGCAUCUCUAACACCGCCUCCUACCUGCGGCUCUGGGCCCUCAGCCUUGCUCAUGCACAGCUGUCUGAGGUGCUUUGGACCAUGGUGAUCCACAUCGGCCUCAGCGUGAAGAGCUUGGCAGGAGGUCUGGCGCUGUUCUUCAUUUUCGCCGCCUUUGCCACCCUGACCGUGGCCAUCCUGCUGAUCAUGGAGGGCCUCUCGGCCUUCCUCCAUGCGCUGCGGUUACACUGGGUGGAGUUCCAGAAUAAAUUCUACAGCGGAACCGGUUUCAAGUUCCUGCCCUUCUCCUUCGAGCACAUUCGGGAAGGGAAGUUUGACGAGUGAGCCCAUCGUGGGGCUGUGUGCCGGCAGGCUGCCCUCCCCACUCCUUGCACAGUGGUUACCUGUGCUCCUCUUGCCUGUUGGUUGUGGUCCCUGGAUAUCGGGGCGUUUGUGUCAUCCCAGCCACCCCUCCCCCAGCUGCCUGUGAGUCAUUUAGAUAGAUCCGUCCCUCCCUGAGUCCCCUGCCACAGCCACCUUCGUGUGUAGUGUAGAGAGAAGCCGGGCUCUGGCUGUCACUUACACCCACUAGGCACCGGCCUUGCCCUCCCAGCCUCCGUCCAGCCAGAGACAGCCCCUUCUCUGUCCCCCGGUGAUGAAAAAGUUUGUGCAUUUUACAUUUGAGCCCAAAGCCCACGGAAGGAGUGCUGUCACCAUCCACACCCAGACUUUGAGCCCCCUUUUCCUGCCACUCUAGUUACUGGUUGGGGGCAGGGGUGCUCUUUAACAUGCCCCAUUCUUGGGUUAGCAGGGGUAGUUCCAGGAAGGUGGCAUGUCUGUCCUCUGCCCAUCCCCUCUGGUCUUCAGAACAGUUGUUAAUCAGGAAUUCAGCUGGACCCAGCUGUGCCGUCGUGCGCCGCUUCUCCCUGUCACUCCCAAGGGUCCCAGGGUGCCCAGCACCACCUCCCUAACCACGCCCUCUCCCCCUCCCUCCCAGAAUCCCCUCCUUCCCCCUGCCCCUGUGUGUACCCAGCAUAACAGCACAGCCGGGAGUGACCCGAGCAGAGAGGUCCUGGGCUGCCUCCUCUGGUCGGAGGCUUCUCAGGCCAAGCUGUGGGCCCUGCCACAAGCACGCUCUCUGGGCAGAGGGUUCAAACCGUUGCUCUUGCCUGGUGCAGACCCCAAGACCUUCCCCUACCCCCAAUCAUGAGUCUUGAGGGCAGGACCGUAGUCAUCCAGGUGGUUCUGCCUGCAGAGCCUUCUCUGCCCUCCCGUGCCCCUCCCCACUUCCACUGGGGACCCCAGUCAAGGGAGUGGGGUCCUGGGCAGCGAAGGCUGGUGCCAUUUACAUUUUGCGGAUUGGAGGCAAUGGCCAGGGCUACAGUGUGCUGGUUGUGAGAGCUGCACCCCCACCCCCACCCCCACGGGCCACCUCUCCUGUCACCCCAGGGCUAUGGCUUUUAGGGCCUUUGAAUCAUGUGUUGACACAGCAGCCCUGGCUGCUUCAGCUAAAUUGAACCCUGGGGCCCCCAGUGGUGGAGAUAAUCCCCCGAAUGGGCCAGGCCCCUGCCCUCCUCCCACCCUGGCUCUUCUGAGUGAGUUACUUAGAGCUGCUCACGACUCUCCUGGGCAUGGGCCACCCACCCCAGCUUCCCCGUAUGCUGGCCAGUGUGACCCUGUGCUGCGCCCCCUCCCCUCUGGGCCCGGUGGUUUACAUGAUGACUUUGCUCUGGGUACAGCAGGGUUUGAAGCAGAGCUCUUUGUCAGGAACCCUGCCCAAGGCCCUUGUGUUCACACAUUCCUGUGCUGAAUAAAGUGUGCUUGA